CUGGCCAUUUUGGGGUAAAACCCUCUCUCACCUCUUUAUCUUCUCCACCAAAUUUAGCACUCUCCCUUUCCCCAAGCAGAAACAAACAUUGAAAAACAAAAACAAAAAAAGAAAAAGAAAAAGAAAACCCUUCAAAAACCAGGUUUGGGGUGUUAAAGCUUAGGAUUUAGAGAGUUUAGAAAAUAAAAAAAGGAAGCACCUUUACAUAUACCCAGAGCUUCUGUUUGAGAAACAAAGGUGUUUGGAUUAAAAUUCCAACUGGGUUUCAUCAAUUUUCUUUGUUCCCAUAUUUUUUUUCCAUCAAGUUUGCGUUUUUGGGCUUUGAUAAGCUUAUUUUGGGUAUAAAAGAAGAAAAAAAGGAGAUGGGUAGGGGUAAGAUUGAAAUCAAAAGGAUUGAGAAUGCUAACAGCAGACAAGUUACAUUCUCCAAAAGGAGAACCGGUCUUCUUAAGAAAGCUCAGGAACUCGCUAUUCUCUGCGAUGCUGAGGUGGCUGUCAUCAUCUUCUCUAAUACAGGGAAGCUUUUUGAGUUUUCCAGUUCUGGAAUGAAAAGAACACUUUCAAGAUACAACAAAUGCACCGAUUCUUCAGAGGUGGCUAUAGUUGAAUGUAAAGCAGAGAAGGAAGAUUCUAAGAUGGUGGAGGCUCUUAAAGAUGAAAUUGCAAAGCUAGAAAGAAAGCAACUAUGGCUACUGGGUAAGGACAUGACAGGAUUGAGUAUAAAAGAACUGCAACAUCUAGAGCAGCAACUUAACCAAGGGUUGUUGGCGGUCAAGGAGAGGAAGGAGGAAUUACUUAUGGAUCAACUGGAGCAGUCUAGGGUUCAGGAACAGAGAGCUAUGUUGGAGAAUGAAACUUUGAGAAGACAGAUUGAGGAGCUUCGUUGUCUUUUCCCGGUAACAGAACGUGUAGUCCCGUCUUAUCUUCACUACCCCCAUGUGGAAAGAAAGAAUGUUUAUGUAGAUAAUGGUGUUGUUAAGUGUACCAGCUUGGCAAGUAACUGUGAAAACGAGAGAGGAGAUUCGGACACCGCAUUGCAUUUAGGGUUGCCAAGUGAUGUUAAUCACAAGAGGAAGGCAACCGAGAGAGAAACAUUUUCGAAUGAGUCAGAAAGCCAAGUUGCUCUACUCUGAUCCCAGUUCUGACUUAUCUUUCUUGCAACAAGGAAAAGUAGAAGAACUUGAAAGUUGAAACUAAUUUAGUGCAGUUAUAGUUUGUGCAGUUUCAGUGUAGAUCAGAUAAGUGGAAAAAAAGUAGGAUCCUAGGUGAAUCCCCCCCAAGAUCAAAUCAUAUAAUGUAGAAUUUGGCUCUUUUUUUAGAUUUUGGCAAGCUUCAGAUUCAGAUUUCAUCAGUUCUACCUCAUUUUGGGGUAAACAGGCUUGGGGAUUGGGGAAAGUUUUAAGUUAUUAUGAACCAUGCUUUAGUUAUCUACAAAAAUCAAAAGGAUUCUUAGUCUA